AUGAACAGAUUAUGUUUUUGCUGCGCUGUGAGUUUUGGAAAACAAUACAAUGCUUCAGAUAUAUGUGCAGUAUGCGCAAUCAUAUGUGUGGAAGAUGAGCCAGAGAAGUACCAUACUCACUUUAUCAGGUUCAUCAAAAAAGGUGUUGAGUCAGAUGGAAUUGAGGAGAUGUACAACAAAGUCCAUGCAGCAUUACGUGCUGACCCCACCCCAAAGAAAUCCCAGAAGGAGCCACCAAAGGAACACAAGAGGCAUAACCUGAAGAAGCUAACUUACGAGGAAAGGAAGGCCAGGUUGAUAGAGAGGUUAAAUGCUCUCAACUCUGCCGCUGGUGGUGGUGAUGAUGAUGAUGAUGAGGACGAUGACGACGAGUGAAUGCAACAGUAGAAAUUUGAGUGCUUCUUGUGCACUGUCACUUGGUGUUUCUCAAUUUGUCGGCUUUUUACUUAAAGAAUCGCAGUUUUGCUUGUUUUGUCUGCAGUUUCAGAACAAAAUAAAUGGAGUAGUUGGUUUUAUGUUUUGACAUUACAAAUUCGCUGUAUUAGAUUUCAUAAUCUAUUUGUUAUGACUCAAGUCCAGUCUGCUGUUUUGUUCCAAUCGCUUGGUAAUAUGUGCAUUAUCGCAUGAGUUAAAGGAACAGGAAUUUGGGUUUUGGCAGAACUUCAGCGUUUGCAUCGUCCU